AUGUUAAAUCAUUCUCAGUUAGGUACGAUUAUUAAGGAAAUUGAGGCGGUCGUAAAUUCACGGCCACUUACUGUAGUCGGUGAAGAAUUAGAGCACGUUUUAACACCUGCAGAUUUCCUACGAACAGGUGGUCCUUCUAUACUUGUAACUUCAGAUAAGGAGUUCUUAGAAUCAGCUACGAUCACAAAAUCCAAUUUGGUCGAGGGCUGGAAAAGAGGUCAACAUAUUUUGAGGGAAUAUAUUGACAUGUUCUCCAAUCAGUACCUGACUAGUCUAAGAGAUCGCAGAUCUGUGCAUCGUCAACCUCGUAUAACGGUAGAUUCUACCCCAAAAAUAGGAGAUUUAGUACAGAUAAAAGGCGAUGCUAACAGAGCGCUGUGGAAAGUCGGCAGAGUAUCAGGCAUAGUAAAGAGCGCCGAUGGGAAGGUCCGUGUAGCCAAAGUCACUACCUCCCCACAUGAGACCCUGACCAGGUCGAUAGGUCAUCUCUAUCCAUUAGAAAUUGAGUCAGAAAUAUCAACAGAAAGCAACUCUCAAAUGCCUCCAACUAAGGCUUCCGAGGAAUUAGCAACACCCCAUGCCACUGGCUCUCCAAAAGACAGGACACAGGCUACUACGAACAAUGGCACCUCAGCACCAUCUCAGUCCCUAACGGAAGAGACUCAGCUUAGACCGAAGAGACUCUCAUCUCAAAGGGCAGCGGAAAGAAUCAAGGCAUGGACGGCUCAGCUUCUCAGUGUUUUGCAAUUGAUUGAUUGA